AUGUUGGCAGGAUAUCCGUGGCGAGCGGAACUGGGAGGCUGCAGUAGGCACCGGGGGCAGGGCGCCUGUUCACUCCCGGCCGUGGACGGAGCCGCUGGCGGGAUCGUAGGGAAGGGGAGUGAGCGCCGACCCCGAGAAGGAGGGAUGGCGGACAGCGCGGCGCCGCCGCAGCAGUUGGUGCAGGUGUCAGAGAGCGAAAGGUUUACGAAAUUAAAAGAAGCCUUUAUUUCUAAAUAUGGCAUGCCACCUACAUUUUAUGCACGAGCUCCUGGUCGAGUCAAUUUAAUUGGUGAACAUAUUGAUUACUGUGGCUAUGCUGUGCUUCCAAUGGCCUUAGAACAGGAUAUCUUGGCAGCUGUCACACCAACACAAACAAGUAUCAUCCAACUGGCAAACACUAACCCUGUAUACCUGGAUUAUAAUGUUCAUAUAAACAAGAUCCACAUUGAUACAACUAAACCCCUUUGGCAAUACUACUUUCUUUGUGGAUUUAAAGGAAUUCAGGAACAUUUCAACCUUCCUGAUUCUACUGGAAUAAACUGUAUGGUUGAUGGCACAAUCCCAGCCAGCUCAGGACUUUCCAGCUCUAGUGCACUGGUGUGCUGCGCAGGUCUCAUCACCGUGAUAGCAAAUGGAAAGGUCCUGUCAAAGGUGGAACUUGCAGAAAUCUGCGCAAGAUGCGAACGCUACAUUGGAACUGAAGGUGGGGGUAUGGACCAAUCCAUUUCAUUUUUGGCAGAAAAGGGAAUGGCCAAGUUGAUUGAAUUCAACCCACUCCGUGCCACCAAUGUUAAGGUUCCAAAUGGAGCUGUUUUCGUGAUUGCAAACAGUUGCAAAGAAAUGAAUAAAGCUGCAACAACUCAUUUCAAUAUCAGAGUAAUGGAAUGUCGCAUUGCUGCAAAGGUUCUAGCAAAAGCAAAAGGUCUUGAGUGGCAGAAAGUUUUAAAAUUGGGAGACUUACAGCAGGAGCUUGGUGUUGAUCUGGACAUGAUGCUUUCAAUUGUGGAACAAGAGCUGCACCCUGAACCUUACAGUAAGGAGGAAGUUUGUCAGUGCCUUGGGAUCAGCCAAAAGGAACUAUGCAGCUUCCUGAGUCAGAACACACAGGAUGUGACAUCUUUUAAAGUUUAUCAGCGCGCUAAGCAUGUUUACAGUGAAGCCAGACGUGUCCUAGAAUUCAAGAGAGUUUGUGAUGAGACUUCUGCCAAUGCAUUGCAACUGCUGGGGAACUUGAUGAAUCAGAGCCAUAUCAGCUGCAGGGAUAUGUAUGAAUGCAGCUGUCCAGAACUUGAUCAACUGGUAGACAUCUGUAUACAAUCUGGUGCUGUUGGCUCACGGCUAACAGGUGCAGGAUGGGGGGGCUGCACAGUGUCAAUGGUGCCCACUAACAAGUUGGAUAGCUUUCUGGCCAAGGUGCAAGAAGUCUAUUACAAAGCUAAUGGUCAAAGAACAACCAAGCAGACACAAACUGUGUUUGCCACCCAGCCUGGAGGAGGAGCUGCAGUUUAUCAUGAGGUUUAAAUAAAGUGCCAGGAUGAGUAAAUGAGGUUCUCCCUCUUUUUGUCUGAUUAUUAUUAUGAUGCAUUCAUUCAAAGGAAAAAUUCAUAUUCUUGCAAGAGAAUAGAACUGAUCACAAUAUAAUUUGUUCAGUUACCCUUUUAAUCUUUCUUCAUACCAUUCCUGAAAAUGUUGUUUUUGUAGCAAGAUAAUUAUUGUAGCUUUUAAUGGUUUACUAGAGGCUUUAACAAAUUAUACCUGAUAGUAAUUGAUGUGAGGAUUCUGAUCUGUACAAAUCAUUCCUGUAUCUGAAUCUCUUCAGGCGAGGGCGAAUUCGAUUUCCACUGUUCCUCACUAGGUUCAUCUGUAUUCUAAUGACAGAUUAAUCGAGAGGAAAGAAAUAGUGUUGUUCUUAAACAUAGGUAUACUGUGCCAGGUAUUAUUCUGAUUAAACUUUGACUAAAAUAUUUUUGCCAAUUUAAUAUAAACUGGACACAAGGAUUAAGUCUCAUCACAUAGAUAGCACAUCCUCUACUAUAUAACUAUUGUACAGUCUUGAAAUAUAACUCAAGUUCGUUUGGCAAGCCCAUACUUUAAGUGUGGACUGGUAGUGAAGUUUGUAUAUAUGGAAGUGGAGCAAAAUGGAUAAGUUAUGCUGUAAGAUGUGUGUAUGAAUUUUUGUUAAUUCCAUAAUUUUGUAAUAAUAAAAUCAGCAUUCAUACCUACUGUAAAAACAUAACUGUUUCUGAAGACACUUCUAUACAUUCUACAAAAGUAAAUCAUUUUAUGAUUUUUGAAACAGUUUUGGGAUGUAUCGCAGCAAAGAACUACAAAUGUAUUGUGUUUACUUUCUGUAUUGUAAUUGAAGCUAUGUAAUAAACUCCAUAGUCUUACAACAAAAAUAAAACGUAAAAGAGA